AUGAAGAGCACGCCUCUAAUCAUCAAUUGGCAUGACCAGAAUGCCCCCGUCUACUCUGCCCAUUUCGAGCCGCAAGGGAAGGGGCGGCUAGCCACGGCUGGAGGAGACAACAACGUGAGACUCUGGAAGGUCGAGAGUGAUGGAGAGGAUCGCAAAGUCGACUACCUGUCAACCCUGAGCAAGCACACCCAGGCUGUCAAUGUCGUCCGAUGGGCUCCCAAAGGUGAUAUUCUUGCCUCUGCUGGCGACGACGGAAAUGUGAUCCUCUGGGUCCAGUCCGAGCACAGCGGCCCUGCCUUUGGCAACGAGGGCCUCGAAGACAAGGAGACGUGGCGCACGAAGCACAUGUGUCGAUCUAGCGGAUCCGAGAUAUACGACCUCGCCUGGUCGCCCGACAGUCAAUUCUUCAUUAUCGGAAGCAUGGACAACAUUGCUCGCAUCUACAAUGCCACUAGCGGUACCCUCGUUCGUCAGAUCGCAGAGCAUAGCCACUACGUCCAGGGCGUCGCGUGGGAUCCUCUCAACGAGUACAUUGCAACCCAGUCGUCCGACCGAUCCGUUCACAUCUACUCCCUGAAGACGAAAGACGGCCAGCACACCCUGAGUGGUUCUCACGACGACAAGCCUUCCAAGAUUGCGAGCCAUAACAAGAGCGAUUUGCCGCCCAGGCGCAUAUCCUCUAGCAGCCCUGCACCCCCAGACUUUGGUAGAUCCUACCUCUCCGUCGAGGCGGCUGUGGGCUCCCCCGUUCCUUCCGCCCCCGGAACCCCGACCUCGAUAGCUCUCCCGAUGAACCCGCCGAGCGUGAUUAGCCAUAGCAGACGCUCGUCCUUCUCGUCGAGGCGCUCGCCCUCUCCGGCCCCGUCUAUGCCUCUGCCCGCUGUGAUGCCAAUUGAGCCUUCACCGAGCACGAAGCCGCAUCCCUCGGGUGGCCUUGGCCCUCUGGGCACGAAGAACGCGCUUCUAUAUGCCAACGAGACACUUUCGUCAUUUUUCCGGCGCCUGACUUUUACCCCUGACGGAAGCCUCCUACUUACCCCAGCAGGUCAAUAUCAGACUCAACAUCCUUCAGAAGGCAAUGCGAAGCCGACAUACGAGGUCACCAACACGGUGUACAUCUAUACUAGAGGUGGCAUCAACAAGGCGCCCAUUGCCCACUUGCCUGGUCACAAGAAGCCUUCAGUCGUGGUCAAGUGCUCGCCCGUGUUCUACACCCUGCGGACGUCCCCGCCUGUUACCAAACACAUCACCAUCGAUACGUCGUCCUCAGAGGAACCUAUCCCGGCGCUCCCAGAGCCAGUCUCGAAGCCAGCAGCGGCCACUUCCGUGAUGGAACCACCUCCGCCCCCGACUUCAGUUCCCGACUCGUCUACGCCGACGAGCAAGCCCGAGACCGGUGCUUCCACCCCCGGUCCGAAGGCAGCGUUCGCACUGCCAUACCGCAUGAUCUAUGCCGUUGCUACCCAAGACUCUGUGCUCUUGUACGAUUCUCAGCAGCAGACCCCAAUCUGCAUCGUCAGCAACCUGCACUGCGCUACAUUUACUGAUCUCGCAUGGUCGAGCGAUGGAUUGACGCUUCUGGUAUCUUCCUCGGACGGCUUCUGCUCCACGCUCUCAUUCGCGCCAGGCGAGCUUGGACAGGCUUACCAAGGGGAUCUGCCGACACCCAAAAACCCUACUGUGCCGGGUGCCACGCCUGCGACAACCUCAUCCAGCCAGGGCACCCCCAUCCCGACCCCGUCGUCAGUGUUCGCCCCGCCCUCCCCCUACCGCAAUGGAUCGGGCCAUCAUCAUCGGAACUCAACGAGUUCCUUCACUGCUCCGUCGCCGCCUCCAGCCGGCUUCGUCAGCCAGAGGCCCCAGUCGCCUGCACGAUCGAACUCUACUUCAUCUGUAGCGACUCAGUCAUCGCAAGUGGUGACUAACCCGAACCUCAUCGUCGGCAGCGUUCCAGGCAUCGCCGUGGCCAACUCUACCAAGGUCACUGGCGUGCCCAUUACGACACCACCCGAGACCCCUCGGACUAAUGCUGCUGUCCCAGCCAGCAGCUCGGCAGCAGCUGGAACAGCGUCCAGCGCGACACCUGCGAGUGGGACAAAGCGAGAAGCCAGUGAAGGGGACAAGGAAGAGGGCACCGAGCCUAAGAAGAGACGGAUCGCGCCGACACUAGUGGAGCAAAAGCCUUGA